AUGGAACACAGAGUCGUUGGUGUGCUCGGCGCCGGCCAGCUCGGCCGCAUGUUCGUCGAAGCAGCGGCUCGACUCAACGUGCAAGUCAAACUGCUCGACGUCGGCGACACGGCGCCCGCCAAGCAGAUCAACUACCUCCCCGGCCCCGAUGGCAAGUCACAACACAUCGACGGCAGCUUUGCCGACCCUGAAAAGAUCCGCCAGCUCGCCGCCGAAGUCGACGUCCUCACCAUCGAGAUCGAGCACGUUGAUGCCACCCAGCUGCAAAAGGUGCUCGACGACAAGCUGGUCGAUGCUGUUCACCCGCUGCCUUCCACCAUUGCGCUCAUCCAGGACAAGUAUCUGCAAAAGGUGCACCUCGGCAGCAAAGGACUGCCCCUCGCCGAGUACGUUGCCGCGGGUCCCGAAGACAUGUCCAAGGUCACUGACGUGCACCAGGCGCGUUCUGCACAGAUCGAGGCCGUCGCCGAGAUUGGCAAGAAGUUUGGCUUUCCGCUCAUGCUCAAAUCGAGGACCCAGGCGUACGACGGCAAGGGUAACUACGUCGUCCGUUCCGCCGACCAGGCCACCGCUGCCGUGGCCGCGCUCGGCGAUGGCAAACGCGGUCUCUACGUCGAAAAGUGGGCGCCGUUCGAGCGCGAAGUGGCUGUGAUGGUGGUGCGCAGCGCCACGGGCGAAGUGAGGGCCUACCCCGCCGUAGAGACGGUGCACAAGAACAGCAUUUGCCACACGGUCUUUGCUCCACUGCGAACCGCUGAUCCGGGCGUCGAGGCUCGCGCACGAAAGAUUGCCGAAGAGGCGGUGGCCACGUUUGGUGGAGCGGGCGUCUUUGGCGUCGAGAUGUUUUUGAUGCCUAGCGGCGAGCUCCUGAUCAAUGAAAUUGCACCACGACCUCACAAUUCGGGACACUACACCAUCGAAGCCACCGACACAAGCCAGUACGAAAACCACGUUCGAGCCAUCCUCGGCUUGCCACUGGGAAGCACCGCGCUUAAGGUUCCGGCUGCCGCCAUGAUCAACAUUCUCGGCCUGGCCGACUCCGAGAAGGACGACGAGGCCGUGGCCAAGACGCUGGUGCCUGCCGUUGUCAGCCUCGACGUUCCCGGCACCACCUGCCACCUGUACGGCAAAGCAGGCUGCCGCAAGGGUCGAAAGAUGGGCCACAUCACCAUUGUGGGCCAGAACGACGCUCAGGUGAGAUCGCGUCUGCGCGUGGUCGACGAGGCGCUCGACAAGGCCACGGAGCUUGCCGAGACGGGCGGCAAGCUUCCCUCGGAGCUCACUCUGCCUGGCGUCGUCGCUACUCUCGCGUCUACUUCGUCGACCAGCUCGCCCUCCAAAACUGCUCCUUCGCCCAAGUCGGCGGCCGACUUUUCUCAUCCGCAGCCCUUGGUGGGCAUCAUCAUGGGCUCGGACAGCGAUCUGCCGGUCAUGAUGGCGGCUGCCGAGAUCCUCAAAAAGUUCGACGUGCCCUUUGAGCUGACGAUUGUGAGCGCCCACCGCACCCCGGACCGCAUGCGAAUGUAUGCCCGCAGUGCGCCUGCUCGCGGCCUGCGGGCCAUCAUCGCCGGUGCCGGUGGUGCAGCUCACUUGCCUGGAAUGGUGGCUGCCCAGACCGCGCUGCCUGUCAUUGGCGUUCCGGUCAAGGGCAGCACCCUGGACGGCGUCGACUCGCUCCACAGCAUCGUCCAGAUGCCACGCGGUAUUCCUGUGGCCACGGUAGCCAUCAACAACAGCACCAACGCUGCGCUGCUCGCGGUGCGCAUUCUGGGCGCCGCCGACCCAGCGUACCUGGACAAGAUGCAAAAGUACAUGGACGACAUGGAGAACGAGGUCAACGGCAAGAUCGAACGCCUCGCCCACGAUGCUUGGGAUUACACGCUCAAGAAGUAA